UCUUAAAGCCCUUUGAAAAUCCCAGUGGGCUGGGUGCCAGUUAGCACUGAGGAGCAUCUCCUUUGGAAGCUCGUAUUUCAUAGAAAUACAGACAUAAAUAUUCUAAUUACUGCGUCCUGCAGCCUCGGGGGAGGCCUGUGCUGCUGUGGAAAUCAAGGAUCUGAUGCUGGGGGUUAUCAGACAGACUGUCCUGCUCUGUUUGCUGACAAUUCCAGGUUGCUUUGAGCUGGCAGAAGAAUCUCUGCGAAAUGGCAACUGCUCAGAAGCAAAGGAAUUGCACGAGUGCAGUUGUCUUCCCUAAAAAAAUAGCCACGGAGCAGCAGUCCCUGAUGCUGGUGAAGAGGCUCCUGGCAGUGGCCGUGUCCUGCAUCACGUACCUGAGAGGAAUCUUCCCUGAAAGUGCCUAUGGAACGAGAUACAUGGAUGAUGUCUGUGUCAAAAUCCUGAGGGAAGACAAGAACUGCCCUGGCUCCAGCCAGCUGGUGAAAUGGAUGCUGGGGUGCUACGAUGCCUUGCAGAAGAAAUACCUCAGGCAGAUUGUCCUCGCAGUCUACACCCAGCCAGAAGAUCCUCAGACGGUCACCGAGUGUUACCACUUCAAGUUCAAGUACACCCCGCACGGGCCGCUCCUGGAUUUCGGCAGGUACAGUCCCAGCAUUCUCCUGCCUGCUUUUCCAGCCCCCUCUGCCUGGCAAAACUUGGGAUUUUACCUGUUUGCUGUUCGAAGUCUGGAUC